UGCUGUCGUUUUUGCCGCUAUACCCACAGAUAAACGUGAACCGACGAACAUAACUGCAAAUUACACUGCCCACAGUCGCAAAGUUUGCAUAAACCACAUUUUCAGAGACUUAGUGAGUCAGCCUUUCCGUUUCCAUUCCCUUUAAUGGCGGUUGCUUCACCCUGUCUUCUUCACCAUCUUCACAAAUCUUUGCUACUGAAAGACCCUUCUUUUUCUCGUAAUUUACGGUUUCGUCCUUCCCUCCAUUUUUCUUCUCAACCGUUCCGCUUCACUGUUCGGGCGACCUCCGCUGUCGCUUUGGAGCCGGAUUUAAGCACUCAGCAGAAUCAAACAGUGGAAACUGACUUGUUUUCUUGCCCUGUGUGCUAUGAACCACUCAUAAGAAAAGGCUCUCCAGGUUUAAACUUGGAAGCUAUCUACCGAUCUGGAUUUAAGUGUAAAAAAUGCAACAAGUCAUAUUCGAGUAAAGAUGUAUAUCUGGAUCUGACUAUUACUGCUGGAUUGAGAAACUACAGUGAAGUCAAACCAUUUCGGACUGAGCUAUUCCGGAGUCCUUUUGUAUCAUUUGUCUAUGAAAGAGGCUGGCGUCAAAUUUUUAAUCUAAGUGGCUUUCCUGGGCCUGAUGAAGAGUUCAGAAUGGCUCAGGAAUUCUUCAAACCUGCAGAAGGUGGCAUUUUAGUGGAUGUCAGCUGUGGAAGUGGUUUGUUUUCCCGAAAAUUUGCCAAAUCCGGAACAUAUUCUGGUGUUAUUGCACUUGAUUUUUCUGAAAACAUGCUCCGGCAAUGCAAUGAUUUCAUUAAGCAAGAUGAAUCUAUUUUACCUAGCAAUAUUGCUCUUGUCAGGGCUGAUGUUUCCAGGCUUCCUUUCUCAUCUGGUGCUAUUGAUGCUGUACAUGCUGCUGCUGCCUUGCAUUGCUGGUCGUCUCCUUCAAAUGCUGUUGCUGAAAUUAGUCGCAUAUUGAGAAGUGGUGGAGUCUUUGUUGGAAGCACUUUUCUCCGUUACACGUCUUCUACUCCCUGGAUAAUACGACCUUUCAGAGAGAGGAUUCUGCAAAACUAUAACUACCUUACGGAGGAAGAGAUAGAGGACUUAUGCACUUCUUGUGGUCUUACCAACUACACAAAAAACGUUCAGCAAUACUUCAUCAUAUUUUCUGCUCAGAAGCCUUGAUGCUCAGCUUGGAUCAUCUGAAAUUUGAUUUUUCUUUUCGAUGCAUCACCUAUCAUGAUCCUUAAUUAUUUGUUGUAUAAUAGACACCAUUAACGAAAGACCUUAAGACGAUGAUAAUCUAGGACAGAUGCUAUGUUCUAGUGUCUGCUUUUUAAUGCAAGACAAGUGUUGCCUGCUGAAUUGAUGAUUGUGUAAAUACUAUGAAAGAAAGUUUUGUUACCCUUGCUGUGGCUGCUAUACUGAAAAUUUGUUCUAUAGGCAAGAAAAAAACAUGAUGCCCCUUUGGACUAGGAGUUUGAAUCCAAUAAUCAAGUCAUUGAAAGUUUGGGAGAUCAUUUGAAUUUCUUUCCAAAAAGUCUAAUAUUGUUUGAACAAUCACAUCAUCCAUAUGCUGAUUGCCUGAUGCACUGUAAUUGGUAUAGGAACAGCUACACAGGGUAAGUUAUUCCACUACCAAUUUUGUAAAUCUGAUAUCAUCUAUCCUACAAUUAAAACCCAAAACCUCCAAAUAUUAAUUCAGAUUCAAAUUUGCUAUAUUU